AUGGAGAAUACGACGGCUCAGGAAAACACAACAACUCAAACAAACCAAGAAUGUUUGGAACUCACAAUUGCGCUCUACAUUGACCAAGGGAUGGCUUUAUAUGCGAUCGUGGCAACAGUUAUCAUAGCUUUUGUCGAAAAAAGACGAUGUAAGGCAGAGGUUUGUUAUGGUAGACCAGGACUUCCACUCCCAAUAAAUUUCCUUGACGGAACCACAAAUUCCAUCGCCAAUGCUGCAGCUUUUGGAUGCACGCUACAACACAUAUUUUUUUUUUAUUUUGUUUGGACGUAUAUACCACACAACUACGAGAUGGUUGUUGGUUGUAUUCCUUGUGCACCAAAAAUUUUCCUUGUUUGCUUUUUGAUGUCUAUGGUAUAUUAUCCUAUAUUUGCUUGCUUGAAUUCACCGUCUCGUCUAGUUGGAUCUAUCAUUGGGUUUUUCUAUACCAUAUUUUUGUUCUUGGUUGUUUUACUUCAAAAUUACCUCUGUAACGAAUCAGACUGGGAAUGGGCUAUAUAUGCCAUCGUUUUAAUUUCUGAGAUAUAUCUGCUGAUGCUCUUCAUUUACCGCAUUGUAACAGCACUGUGUAAGAAAUCUACCAAUCUGAAGAAACCUCUAGUAAAGAAUGACCAGUUGAUGCAUGUCAAAGAUCUACUUCAGAGACCAAAGAGUACUGCCGAAGAAAUCAACAUGAAAGAGAAGAUAAUUAAGCGCGCAGAUGCAGUUGUGAUUGAAGCUAAGCUAUGCUGUCUUCAUAAAAGUCUAUACAGAUGUACCACAAGGACUCUUGCCAUCAAAACCAUAGUUCUGCUUCUCUUAUAUUACUAUUUCAUUUUUACUGUGGUUGUGUCGAAUUACUUCGGGGAACUGUACGCCGCACUUUCGUCCAGAGACGUUAUUGACCUGUAUGGUUUCAAGAUUAGAAGGUCAACUAUUCGGUAUUUGCGAACAUUAACUCAAGUUAUCAAAGUCUCGCUCAUCAUUGCCAAUGUGCUAUCAGCUGUUUAUCUAAUCGCAAAUAUGGUCCUCAUCUAUCGCUCUCAGAGACAACAUAUCAUUCAGAUAUGGAGAGGAGACAGGUCUUUCAUUCCCAGAAAUUGUAUUCAAACACAUGGUGAUAUGGUGGCGAAAAGUUUAAUGUUUGCAGGAAACCAAGCAUCGCAUCUUGUUGGAGGUUAUUUGAUUUCACAGACAGUUGUGUUCUUUCUCUGUGUUCUCUUGGCGUAUUGUAUUAUCUUGCCUAUUAUGAAGGAGGUUCCCGAAAGCUUCCUUUCACCAUUACAGACUUUAUUACCUGGUGUGGUGUUCAUGUUCAUUUUCCGAGUUGUUCUUAGAAUCAUCAGUCGUAAAGCUUUCUUACAAAAUCAUUACAUCAGUUCUGACAACGGGGAACACUGGGAGAAAGUACUGGCUUUGGACAACAGGCGAGUGUACCAGAACCUGUCCUAUUUCCUAUUUUUCUACUAUAUACUGAUUGGUUUAUUUAGAUGUCUGUACCGUAUUGUGACCUCUAUGUGCUUGGGACUAUUUUAUAUAGCGCGUAUGGAUAGAUCCUUGUUAUUUCCUGGAUAUGAACAUCGUGAUAUAAGUUAUAUGACAUAUCUUGGCUUUCUGGAGGUAGAACUUCACCAUUGUCACCCAGUCGUUGUUGUCUUUUGUGACCAGAUGAUCAAAGCUGUGAAAAUUAUCUCCACUAAAUCCGUGCAGAGCCUUAAUUCCUCGGAUGAACUUGUUUAUGGAAACAGGAUGUGUGGGCUUUCCAGAGUUUACACACGUAAAGUAAGAAACAAGUGGCAAAAGAUGAAAACCAUGAUCUCCAACCAGUCUCUUUGCAAAGCUUCAAAAACAAACUUUUCCUUUGAGCAUGAGAAAACAGUGGUGGGAUCCACGAUCAUCUAAUCUCUAGACAAAGUAUAAAUAGAG